AUGGAAUCUGCAGUUGGAAUUGAAUCAUUUCUUCAAGAAGGAUAGCCAUUUAAAUGUAUUUUCAAACAUCGUUUCACUGAUUUCAUAGUCUAAGAAAUUGAUCUCAAAAAUUAAUUAGCUAUAAUAUCAGAUAAAACUAAAUGGCUUAAUUUUGAUUAAAAGUAGGAUCAUCCAUAAUAACAAAAAAAUAAGACAUUACCAUUUGCAAAUCUAUCUCUAUCUGAAGAAUUUCUUUAAUAAUCAACUCAGCUAUUUGGAUAAGAGGUUACUGAAUAAUUUAAAUAAUUGGUGGAGAAGGUAAAGACCACUGGUAAAUGUGUGUAAUUUGAGACUAAAGUUUCAUUACCUGAAUCAAAAGAAGAUAGAAUAAAAGUACAUUAAUUGAUUAGGUAAAAUAUUCCAUUUCUUGAAUCCUUCACUAAAAAUGUCCACAAUUAAAAGCCUAAAGUAGAAAAAAAAGAAGAUAAAGCUAAUGAAAAAUUGUAGGAGUAGACACUCUAAAAAGUUUAAGAAUAAACACUUUAAGAUCAUAUAUUAAUCAAGACUAGUAAUAUCAAUUUUAAAAAAUAUGUUGCAAGUUAGACAACAAGUAAAGCUUAUGGAGAAAGUAAGAAAUUUGUAAAAUUUUUAUUAAUGAAAAGAAAUAUAGAUUCUAUUAAUGCAGGAAUGUUUAUAUCAAAAUAACUUGGAUUAUCAAAUAAGCAUUUUGCUAUUGCAGGUACAAAAGAUAAAAGAGGUGUUACAACUUAAUGGGCUACACUUUAAGGAAUGGAAAUUGCUUAAUUAAUAGAAAUAUAGGAAAGAAAGUUUUGGAACUAAAAUAUUUUGAUGUCAGAUUACUCUUAUUAAGACUAAGGUAUUAGAUUAGGAGAAUUAUAAGGAAAUAAAUUUAUUAUCACUUUAAGAUUUCUUAAUGAAUUAACAUAAAGUCAAUAAUGGGAAUUAGCAAAGAAUAUUGAAAAUUUAAAAUUACAUGGUUUUGUUAAUUAUUUUGGUCUACAAAGAUUUGGAUCUAAAAAUAAAAUUAAGACUCAUUAAAUAGGUAAAGAAAUAAUUAGAAAGAAUUGGAAAGAAUGUAUAAGAUUGAUUAUAUUAUCAUCUUAAUAAGAAGAUGAGGAAAGAGUCAAUUAAUUAUUUGAACUUGAUGAUUUUGUUACAUUAUCAAGUAUAAUUAAUCCAAGAUUGAGAAUUGAGAAAUAAUUAAUAGAUAGUUUAUUAUAAAAUGGAGUUCAUAAUUACUUCACAGCUUUAUAAUCUCUUCCUAGAAAUGCAAGAGAACUAUAUCUACAUGCAUAUCAAAGUUAUAUUUGGAAUAAAAUGGCAUCAAUGAGACUCAAUUAAUAUGGAAAUAAAAUAGUGGUAGGAGAUAUUGUAAGUGCUAAUGUAAUGGAUGAAGGAGUUGCAGAUGAAGGAGAGGAAAUAAUUUAAUAAAUUGCAGAAGAUGAAGAAUAAUAGAAAAAAUAAACAAUAUCAGCUUGUGUUCUUGUGACUGAAUAGAAUAUUUCACAAUUUACUUUUGAUUAAAUUGUAUUACCAAUCUAUGGACAUAAAAUUACUAUUCCAGAAGAAUCUAUUGUUUCUACUUUAUUAUAAUAAAUAUUUUAGAUGGAAUAAAUUACUAAAUAAGAUUUUGAAGAUGCAUCAAAUAAAUUUUUUAUUGAUGGGAAUUUCAGAUAUUUUGUAUAUCAUUUAAUUUAUUUAGGUUUAAAUUCCAUCUGAAGUUGAACAUCAAUUAUUCAAAUAUUAGAAUAAAGAUUAAGAUGUUGUAGAUUCCUUUGGAGAAUUACUCAUUGAUCAAGGAGAUUAUUAAGGUUUGCUUAUCAAAUUCAAAUUAAAGAAAAGUAGUUAUGCAACUAUGCUAAUAAGAGAACUCACUAAAUGUCCAUCAACUUUAGAGUUUUAAUAAGAGAUAAGUGGGGAAUUUAAUUGAGU